GGCCGGGGUGGGGGUGGGGGGAGGGUCGGGUGUCGCCGAGCGCGGCAAGCGGGUUCCAAGUGGCUGCAGGCGGCCUGGGCUGCCGGGGCCGACGCUUGGGUGGCUGCUACCGCUGCCGCCGCCGCCGCCGCCGCGCCUGCUGCGAGAUGGCGAUCUUGGGCGCGGAAGGGUGAGGGCGCCCGCCACUGGAGGAGGCGCCGCUGCUGUGGCCGCCCGACCGCCGGGAGCCGACAGCUUUGCGCCGGGUUUGUCUCCUCACUAGACUAUGAGCUCCUUGAAGGAAGGAAUCGUGUCUUACUCAUCUUUAUAUCCCCAGUGUCUAGCACAGUUCCUGGUACAUAGUAUAAGCUGAAUAUUGGGACAUGGCCACUGCUUCACCACGAUCUGAUACUAGUAAUAACCACAAUGGAAGGUCACAGUUACAGAUAACUGUUUCUAGUGCUAAACUAAAAAGAAAAAAGAACUGGUUUGGAACAGCAAUAUAUACAGAAGUAGUUGUAGAUGGAGAAAUUAAGAAAACAGCAAAAUCCAGUAGUUCUUCUAAUCCAAAAUGGGAUGAACAGCUAACCGUAAAUGUGACCCCACAGACUACAUUGGAAUUUCGAGUUUGGAGUCAUUAUACUUUAAAAGCCGAUGCUUUAUUAGGAAGAGCAACAAUAGAUCUGAAACAAGCUCUGUUAAUACACAAUAGAAAAUUGGAAAGAGUGAAAGAACAAUUAAAACUUUCUUUGGAAAACAAGAAUGGCAUAGUGCAAACUGGUGAAUUAACAGUUGUGCUUGAUGGACUGGUGAUUGAGCAAGAAAAUCUAACAAACUGCAGCUCAUCUCCAACCAUAGAAAUACAGCAAAAUGGUGAUGCCUUACAUGAAAAUGGAGACCCUUCAACAAGACCAACCUCCAGGUUGGCUGUUGAAGGUACAAAUGGAAUAGAUAAUCAUGCACCCACAAGCACUCUAGUUCAAAACUCAUGCUCUUCAUAUGUAGUUAAUGGAGACAACACACCUUCAUCUCCGUCUCAGGUUGCUGCCAGACCCAAAAAUACACCAGCUCCAAAACCACUCACAUCUGAGCCUGCCAAUGACACUGUUAAUGGAGAAUCAUCAUCUGCACCAACCAAUAAUGCUUCCACCAUGGGUACUGCAACAGUACCUGAAGAAACCUCCUUGUCUUCAAAUUGCACUAAUACUACUAUUGAAGAUCCUCCACAAGAAAUACUGACUUCCUCAGAAAACAAUGAAUGUAUUCUUUCUAACAGUGCAGCAUUUGGAUCUGAAGCUAGAAGUACUUUAGACCCUGCUGCCUCUAAUUCUGGAAAUAAUUCUGCUUUUGAGGCAGCCAAAUUAAGACAGCCAGAUGGGUGUGCGGAACCUGUACGGCAACAGUCUGGAAAUACCAACACAGAAACUUUGCCAUCAGGGUGGGAACAGAGAAAAGAUCCUCAUGGUAGAACUUAUUACGUGGAUCAUAACACUCGAACGACCACAUGGGAGAGGCCGCAACCUUUACCUCCAGGUUGGGAAAGAAGAGUUGAUGAUCGCGGCAGAGUUUAUUAUGUGGAUCAUAACACCAGAACAACAACCUGGCAGCGGCCCACCAUGGAGUCUGUCCGCAACUUUGAGCAGUGGCAGUCUCAGCGGAACCAGUUGCAGGGAGCGAUGCAGCAGUUCAACCAGCGAUACCUCUAUUCGGCUUCAAUGUUAGCUGCAGAAAAUGACCCAUAUGGACCUUUGCCACCAGGCUGGGAAAAAAGAGUGGAUUCAACCGACAGGGUUUACUUUGUGAAUCAUAACACAAAAACAACCCAGUGGGAAGAUCCCAGAACCCAAGGCUUACAGAAUGAAGAACCCUUGCCAGAAGGCUGGGAAAUUAGGUAUACUCGGGAAGGUGUUAGGUACUUUGUUGAUCAUAAUACAAGAACAACAACAUUCAAAGAUCCUCGCAAUGGGAAGUCAUCUGUAACUAAGGGUGGUCCACAGAUUGCUUAUGAACGCAGCUUUAGGUGGAAACUUGCUCACUUUCGUUAUUUGUGCCAGUCUAAUGCACUACCCAGUCAUGUAAAGAUCAAUGUAUCCCGGCAGACACUGUUCGAAGAUUCCUUUCAACAGAUUAUGGCAUUAAAACCCUAUGACUUGAGAAGGCGAUUAUAUGUAAUAUUUAGAGGAGAAGAAGGACUUGAUUAUGGUGGUCUAGCAAGAGAAUGGUUUUUCUUGCUUUCACAUGAAGUUUUGAACCCUAUGUAUUGCUUAUUUGAGUAUGCUGGCAAGAACAACUAUUGUCUACAAAUAAAUCCAGCAUCAACCAUUAACCCAGACCAUCUUUCAUACUUCUGUUUUAUUGGUCGCUUUAUUGCUAUGGCACUUUUUCAUGGGAAGUUUAUUGAUACUGGUUUCUCUUUACCAUUCUACAAGCGUAUGCUAAGUAAAAAACUGACUAUUAAGGAUUUGGAAUCUAUUGAUACUGAAUUUUAUAAUUCCCUUAUCUGGAUAAGAGACAACAACAUUGAAGAAUGUGGCUUAGAAAUGUACUUUUCUGUUGACAUGGAAAUUUUGGGAAAGGUUACUUCGCAUGACCUGAAGUUGGGAGGUUCCAAUAUCCUGGUGACUGAGGAGAACAAAGAUGAAUAUAUUGGUUUAAUGACAGAGUGGCGUUUUUCUCGAGGAGUGCAGGAACAGACCAAAGCUUUCCUUGAUGGUUUCAAUGAAGUUGUCCCUCUUCAGUGGCUACAGUACUUUGAUGAGAAAGAAUUGGAGGUUAUGUUGUGUGGCAUGCAGGAGGUUGACUUGGCAGAUUGGCAGAGAAAUACUGUGUAUCGACAUUAUACAAGAAACAGCAAGCAAAUCAUUUGGUUUUGGCAGUUUGUGAAGGAGACAGACAAUGAAGUAAGGAUGCGACUAUUACAGUUUGUCACUGGAACCUGCCGUUUACCUCUAGGAGGAUUUGCUGAGCUCAUGGGAAGUAAUGGGCCUCAAAAAUUUUGCAUUGAAAAAGUUGGCAAAGACACCUGGUUACCAAGAAGCCACACGUGUUUUAAUCGCUUGGAUCUACCACCAUAUAAGAGUUAUGAACAACUAAAGGAAAAACUUCUUUUUGCAAUAGAAGAGACAGAGGGAUUUGGACAAGAAUGAAUGUGGCUUCUUGUCUUGGAGGAGCUCUUGCAUUUAAAUACCCCAGCCAAGAAAAAUUGCACAGAUAGUGUAUAUAAGCUGUUCAUUCUGUACAGUGAAUUUUCUGAACCUCUCAAAGUAUAAAUGUUUUCCGUUCUUCCACAGAAAUAUGCAAAACAGUUCAUCCUUUUCUACUUUAUUUAUUGUUCCCUUGAAGUGACUGACCAGGAAAAAGAUCAUCCUUAAAUUUUGAAGCAAGCAAGAGACUUUAUUAAAAAUAAGUAUAUAUCUAUAUAAGCAUAUAUGAUAGUGGCUCUAGUUUUAUAGAGCUCCAAGUAUAUUAAAUAUGACAGCCGUUCAUUGAAAAAAUAAUCUGGAUUUGCUUUACCUUGUUUCUAGUACCCAGAGGAAAAAGUACGAAUUGCUUCAUGAUCUUCUCCCUUAUGUAACACCUCUUGAGGGUGUUUAGUUGCAUGGCUGUUCAGGAAGGUAUUAAGGGCUUAGGCCAAAUCUUACUUUGAGUAUGUUAAAAAAUGCUGCUGGCUUUUCUGAAGACAGGCAUUUGAACCUGUCAGUUCGUUUUAAAUAAAUACAAUAGUUGAAAAUUUUCCCUCUUUGCUACAUCACUAAUACAGUCAAAGUAAUGGAUGAAACCAUAAUGUACGUGUAAGUCAUACACUAUAUCCGAUGCCAUUUAGUUUAUUCUAGAGAUUGGAAAGAAUUCAUUAAGCAGCAAAGAGGUUUGUUUACAUGUUACUUUGGGAUGCUAGGUAUUUGUGGAGUUAAAAAGAAUCAGGUACUUAUGUACUUUUGUUUUUAAAUCUGUGAUGUUCUUUAAAUUUAAUUCAUAAUAAAUUGAUGCAGUUUGAUACUUAGGAACAUAUAAUAAGGUAAUGUGAACAUCUCUGCUUUUGUGUUCAGAGUUUUGGUUUUAUAAAACCAGAUGGACUUGAAGAGUUGUAUAAGCAUUUGAACACUGAAAUGAAAACUAUUUUCUAUUUUAGUGUUCAUGUAUCUUCAUUCCUCUUAAUUUCAUGAAAAUUUUAUGAUCUGAAUUAUAUAAGCAUACUAAAGAAUCUUUUGGUCCCCACCCCCCUUUUUACAUAGAUCAUUAUUUUUGUCCUAAUAACUUUUUAAUUUUUCAUUAUCAAGGGCAUUUGCUGAACUUGAAGAUGUAUAACAAAUUAAAAUCUGAUGUGAAUGAUAUUAAUGCUAUUUUAGCAAACUGGGCUUCCUUGUUAAUAACAAAAAUUUCAAUUUCCAUUUGUAUCAUUUCAAUAUGCAGUGUAAAUUUCAGGAAGUUAAAAAUUUUUUUAUAACCAUGAACUGACAUCUUACAAUGUUAUCUGUAACAUAUUUAACUGCUAAGUACAUAUGGAAAAUACUAGUAUACAAUUUAAUUUCCUUAAA